CAUUUGCGGGCGGACCCUUCAUUGACUUGACUGCUCGGUCCAAAGAAGAUCCCUCUGGCUCUGUCAAUUAUUCGCCCACGAACCCACUUGAGCUGCUGUUUUUACUGGAUUAUGCUUCCUGCUCAGAACUUGCCAUGUUGGGAUCUGGAAUCCCUUUCUCGCUUUUGGAAUCUCAAAGGGAUCAAUUUCAGUUGAUUUCCUUAGGUUAUCUAGGACAUGUUCAAGAAGAUGUCAGAGAUCACUGCAAGCAAUAGCCAGUCCAUCCAUCUUCCUCUAAUAGAACACAAACAUGAAGAGUUUUAUUGGAGAUGGGAGUCUUCUAUUGUUUCGAGUGACCAGGCUGCUUACGUGCUGGAUACUGGAAGCUAGCGAGCAGGUUUUUUACCAUUUCAAAAGACUGUUAGCACAUAAUUUGUCUCUAGUGCAAUUACAUGAAGUGGUUGGUACCAGCUGGCCACAUCCUUGAUUUCAACAACAUUCUCCAUUUCAAUUUACAUGCACAAAUGAAUGAAUAAUUCUCCUUUUGUCCAUUUCCGUGGACAUGAAAUGCAUUUUUUUCUUCUGGACCUCUGAUAUGGAUCUCUUGUCACUCUAAGAAUAUGUUAUCUGAAUGUAUGAAGCUGUACAAGAAGGAGCUUGGAAUGCACACUGCCGCUUCACAUGGAGUUACAGUUGCUAGGACACACAUGCAUGAUUGGCUCAUAUUGGCUCUUCUGGUGGUGAUAGAAGUCAUACUUAAUGUCAUCCAUCCUUUCUAUCGCUUUGUUGGAAAAGAUAUGAUGGCGGAUCUCAAAUACCCCUUGAAAAGCAAUACAGUUCCUGUUUGGGCUGUGCCAAUGUAUGCUAUCAUUAUACCUAUGGUGAUUUUUAUCAUAGUUUAUUUUAGAAGAAGGGACAUCUAUGAUCUCCACCACUCAAUGCUAGGUCUCUUAUUUUCCGUUCUAGUGACAGCUGUCAUCACUGAUUCAAUCAAAAAUGCUGUUGGCCGUCCUCGUCCUGAUUUUUUCUGGCGUUGUUUUCCUGAUGGAAUGGAUGUUUAUGAUCAGUUGGGGAAUGUUGUUUGCCAUGGGGAUAAAAAUGUCAUAAAGGAAGGGCAUAAGAGUUUUCCAAGUGGGCACACUGCAUGGUCUUUUGCUGGUCUAGGGUUUCUGUCGCUCUACUUAUCGGGAAAACUAAAAGCAUUUGACUGUAGAGGACACAUUGCAAAGCUGUGCAUCAUUUUUCUUCCUCUACUGGUUGCAUCUCUGGUCGGCAUUUCUCGAGUGGAUGACUAUUGGCAUCAUUGGCAGGAUGUUUUCGCUGGUGGUGUUCUAGGUAUUUUCUUUCGAGGGCUUACAGUAUCAGCUUUUUGCUAUCUUCAGUUUUUCCCCCCACCAUACCAUCCUCAAGGGUGGGGGCCUUAUGCUUACUUUCGAGCGCUGGAAGAGGCACGAGAAGGAACAGCUGGUGCCACAAAUCCGGGAAAUGCUGAAGGUACUGCAGAGAAUGUGUUGGGAAAUGAAGAAGCUGUUGAAGACAAAGGUGUUAUGGGGCUCCAACUUGCGACUGGUGAUCCCAGCUCAAGAAUAAUAGAAGAUGAUGAAGAAUGCGGUGGGAGGUGCUAGCUAGCUGCGCUGGUCAUUGUUGACGUUGAUGCUACUGCGAGAGAGUUUCAGAACAUAAGCAUUGCAGAAUUUCAGUCAUGCUGAACUGUAAAUAUGUGAUCUGUGGUGGUUGGGCUUGGGCAAGUCACAUUUGGAUCGAGAGAUCCAUCCAAAUUGUUUGAAGAAAACCUCCAAAUGUAACAACAUUUUUUGGUAGCCGUAUGUAAUGCAUUCUUUCAACUUCUUUCUGGCUACUUCUCGGCGAUCCAUCCAUGGAAACUGGAGAAUCAAUGAAUCAUAGCACUGAGUAGUUGAAUAAAGGGAAGGAAACCGCAAAGUUUCUCAGGUCCCUUCCAUUUCCAUUUAUACCGUAGAAUAAUCCCUCCAAAGCCAAUGGAAGCCCACAUUGUUGAGUUAGGUAAUUCAGGGGUGCAGCCCAUGACGUUAUUCCAUGUAACUAGUUAGCGU